UCCAGACAGAUGACUGGCCAUGCAGUCGGUCUCUCCAUGAUCUGUAGCUCAGGUAGACUUAACUUUAUUAAAGAAGAAAAUGGAGAAAAAGCAACAAAAAAAAAAAGGUGUGGUUUGAGCCUGUUAAUGUUCUGGCCGCUCCAGUGUUCUCAUGUGUGUAUUUUGCUGGCAAACACUGAAUUCAAAGAUAGAGGAUCAGGAAUGAGGGCAGCAAAGUUACAUGAAGUGGAAGAGAGCAGUGGGGGAAGUUUGAAGGCUUAUCUCAGUAAUGUGCAGGGACAGUUGAGCAGUGAUGAGUGUUGCAGUCACCGCUGUCUUCUGCUUUAACCCUUCAGUGCUCUGCCUGCCAGUGACCAAAGGAGAAAUCUGUCUCCGGAAACCAACAGAAAAACACAGAACAUUUAGACUAGACAGCUGUAACAGUGUGUAUUGUUCUUAUUCUCCUGCUCUCCUAGGGCUGGCAUGCCCCAUCUUGCCCCUGUGCUGCCGUACACACUCAUUACUAACGCCGCUCCUAUUCACGAUAAUGAGCGAGACCUCUAAAGCUUGGACUCUACUGGGGUUUAUUUAAAUCUCUUGAACGCAGCCUUCCAGCUUUGCUCUGCUCGCCAGGGCCAGUGCGCCUGCGCUCUACCGACACUCCAGUAAUCCGCUGGAGGAGAUUGCAUCCUCGUCCACUGCGCUCAGGCUAUCAGUGAGGGAGACUUAAAAGAUGGAAAAAUACAUAACGGGAGCAUGGGAGGCUGGGAACGCGUAGCGGGACCCAGAUGUAGAAGCAUUAUGGGGAGAAGCGGCUUUUACACUGCGAACAAGCUCACAUCCAAGGCGAUAACGGGACCGGGGCGAGGAUGUCUCCUGAUGUAAGGCAGCGAGGCUCAGCGAUUAACAUCCCAAACGCUGGAAAUAUGAGAUGAGCGCACGCAGGAGUGGAGCCGGCGGAAGAUGGUGAAAUUUGCGACCGAGUGCUCCUUCUUCUUCUUUCUCCUGCCUGGACGAACGAAACAUCCUCGGGUAUUCACGCUUCUCCCAAAGCCUGCGGAUCGCUUCCUGCUUCAUGCACAUUACUCUCCAUGGCCCUGUGUACCGCUGUGGAAACUGAUCACAUUUUUUCUUUCUUCUUCAAAUGAGUAACGCUUUGCAGUUAUGCUAACAGGACUUAGUUGAAAGCUCACAUACGCGUGCGUUUUUAGUGUGACGUUCACCGAACCCGUAAAGCGAAACUACGGAUCCGAUCCCAUGCGAGCGACCCGUGGGCACAGCGAUCAGCUAAUACUUCAUGCCUAUCAAAGCUCAAGCAGACCAGGGAGCACCGGGGUGUUUACAAACUGUCGAUACUCCUAAAAUCACCCGUGCAAAUGUAGUUUGUCCCUGACGCCGUGGCUGUGGGGAUACUCGUUUCCCUGUGUCGCUUCGCAUGCAUAGACCUGCUAUGACAAACUGGCAACCCCGCAUAAAUCCGAGCGCAAGAUGAUGAACUGAAGUGGCCUGCCUAGGCUGUGGGAUCAGACAGAAAUUAAGCUGUGUCUCUCAGACAGAAGAAUCUAGGAUCAUCUCCAGUCCUUGUGCUGGCACAGCACCGCAGCAUGACAUGGAGCAUUGCUCUCGGGUGUUUACUUGGAUAUUGCUCAAAAGUUGAAACUGAGUUGUAAACAUGUUCGUGCUGUGACAGCUGUUGAGGUAAACACGCCCAUGGCCUGUGUUGCCUUGAGAUUUAAUUCCCGUGAAGUGCAGGGAUUCUGCACAUUUCCGAAUUGAUCUGUGUGAAAUUGCCCUUCCUCACGCUUUCAAACAUGUUUUCUUCUGUGAGAGAAAUGCAGCUGGGCUGUUUUACUGGUAAACCUCCACAGCAGCUGUUAGUCAGACUGAAUGUCUGAAAGGGGACACUUGGCUAUUUGCAUACUUGUAGUGUUGCCAACACUGCUCCCACGAAAUGCGAUGCAUUGAUUUCCUUCUUGCAAAUAACUUUUGUGUGACUCUUUUUCCCCCCUGCCCCUUCUACAACAUUAUCAGUGCCACUACUAAUCUGCAACAUUAUCAACUUCAUGGACAGUGGUGUCAUUUUGGUGUCCUUUUGCGAGUUUAUCUUAAACGUAACACUUUUUGGAGGUGUCUGGUUUUGUUGCUGCAAAGUUUUAAGACAGUGAACACUUUUACGUGCACACGUUUUCCUUUUCCUUUUUUUUGAGACAUUUUUCCAAGCAUGUGUGAAAGGAAGAGGAAGCAGCACAAGACUUUUGCUGCACAGGCUGGGGAGAUGUGUGAGAAUGAACACGCAAGGAAUUAUGAGUGGCACUAUGGAAGACUUGGUGCAGAGUGUUACAAGCUUAAAGUCUACAAAAGGGAGAAUUACAAGGCUUUGCUGUGAGAAAAUUGUAUUUUCUCCUCUGUGACGCCAGCUGUUCCAUUGGAAUCGCUGCUUCUUGCCUCAAUUUACUGUUUGAAUUGAGAACUUCCCCCCUGUUGUGGAUACUUGGCCACCUGCAAGUUAAACUCAUUUGAGUACCCUUCUUCUUCUUUUUUUUAUUUGCCAUCCUGUUGCUGUUUUUUUCUUUUCUUUUCUUUUUUUGUUAUAAAUACUUUCUUUCCCAGAGGGAUCCAUGGUGUUAUUUGAAGGAGGAAAUUCUUCAUAUUUGUAGCUGAAAAUUGCCAACGGGAAGCAAAGACCACAUGAUAAGGGUUGUUUGUGUUCUUCAGACAAACCCAUUUCUCUUCUGAAGGCUUUCUGCGUGCCCAACUGGGUGCAACAGUGGAUCCCUUGUCAUAUUUGGUGCUUUAGGGAAAUACAAAGAAAGAAAACCCCCAAAACAAAAAAAACAACAUUUAGAAACUAACUUCUUAUCUCCGUGGUGAUGGGGAGUUCAGCCUCGUCUCUCACUGCAGAGACUGAGUCGGACCAUGGCUUUCGAAGUACCCCUUACCCUUCGUCACCCCCUGUGGGCUGGCUCAGGAACAGCCACAGCAGCCCUGUGUGGGGUACCACCUUCAUCACACGGCAGCAGCAGCAGCCGUUGCCUCAUCGAGAGCGCAGCUCCCUGCUGUCGAAGAGAGUUGCCACUCCUACUGCCUGCCAGUACUGUUUGCAUCCACUCUCACUCUCCAGGCUCCAUGGCAGCAGCGGUGCAAGGCAGUGAGUGGUCAUGUGGGCGCUGUACUUUCUUAAAUGCCGGUGCAGCACCUCGCUGUUCUAUCUGUGAGGCGCCACGCCAGAAACCCGACCUCAACCAGAUCCUGCGCCUCAGCAGCACUGAGGAACACCGCUGGACCUGUCCCCGCUGUACCCUCAAUAACCCGCAGGGAUCUGGGGCCUGCUCGGUCUGUGGCUUUGGUCCAUCACCCGCCACUCACACACCUCCUACGACCACCAUAGCUGCCACUGCCAAUGGUCUCCCUUCUGCUCCCACUGAGCCCCCAACACCCACGAUCACCCCCACAGUGCUACUUGAGCCCCAUGGACAGCAUCCAGCUAAGGAGGAAGUGUUUCGGCGGUCUGAGAGCAAUGGAGAGGUGGGUGGUCAGGAGGGUCAGCAGGCGGGCUGGGCUUGUCCUCGGUGCACACUUCACAACACCCCUGUGGCGCUUUCAUGCUCAGCCUGUGGUGGGCCUAGAAAACUGUCUCUGCCUAAAAUCCCCCCAGAAGCGCUGGUAGUGCCUGAGGUGCGCACACCAGUAGUGGGCUUUCCUGUUCACACAGCCGCUUCGGUCCCGCUACUGAUUGACCUAACAGAUGACUCCCCCCCAGCCCCGCCCUGUGAUCCUCAAGAAGCUCCCCAUGCGUCUUCACAGGCCCUCGCCUCCACCUUUACUUCAUUCUCCUCCCUCCAGAACAAUCCUGUGCCUCGCAGCAGGCGAGAGGUACCGCCUCCGGGACGCCCACCGAACCCAGGAACCAACACUCCCAGCCCCACUUCCCCUUCAGCUGCCAGUGUGCCACCCCAACCUGGCCCACAGAGGCCAGCUAAACCCAAGCACGCCCAGCCCCAGGAACCUUCUUACCCCAGCAAGCGCCUCAGUAUCUUGGAGGAAGAAGAGUCUCAGCACCACCCACUGACGCCCCACCUCCCUGUUGCUUCCACAUCAGCCUCUACCUGGAAGUGCCCUAGCUGCUCCGUGGCCAACCAAGGCAGCUCAGCGAAGUGCGAGACCUGCAGAUCGUCAAGGGGUGGUGCUGACCUCAUCGACCUAGUAGGCUGUGAAACGGUACGAUUUACCCCAGCAAGCCCCUCGAGCCCGGACUUUAGCACAUGGGCCUGCUCUAAGUGCACCCUGCGCAACCCUACAGGUGCUCCCAAGUGCUCAGCUUGUGGUUCUUCAAAGCUGCAUGGCUUCCAGGAGCAGCAGGUGCCUCUACCCCGCUGCUGUACACAUUGUGGCCUCGCAGUGGGGCCUGGUACUGCAUCUUGCUCCUGCACACCUUCCUCUUCUUCAUCAUCCUCAGGUCAUAAAAUACGUAAACAGGCCCGGGGCUUUCCUUCAUCCUCUUCUGCCGUUGCCUCCUCUGGUUCUUCUUCGUCCUCCACCUCAUCUAGCCUCCAGGAGAAAGUAGGACAGUGGAGCUGUCCAGCAUGCACGCUGCUCAAUGAUAUCAAAGCCAAGAACUGUGCAGCAUGCCACACACCCCAGCAGUACCUCACCCUUCGCAAGGUGGUUAAACCUCUGAAGAGAAGGGAGAGCAUGCAUGUAGAGGCGCGACGACGGAAUGAUGAGGGCGAGGCAAAGGAGCUUUGGGAGAACAUAGUCAGCUUCUGCCGGGAGAAUUCAGUGAACUUUGUGGAUGACAGUUUUCCCCCCGGACCUCGAUCUGUCGGCUUCCCAGAGGGCGACAGCGUCCAGCAGCGAAUCAAAAAGUGGCUGCGUCCCCACGAGAUCAACUGCAGCAAUUUCAAAGACCGAGGAGUCAAGUGGUCUGUGUUCCGCACGCCAAGGCCCUCGGACAUCCUGCAAGGACUUCUUGGAAACUGCUGGUUCCUGAGUGCACUCGCUGUGCUGGCAGAGCGUCCAGAGCUCGUGGAGAGGGUGAUGAUCACCAGGACCAUUUGUCCAGAGGGGGCGUACCAGGUUCGGCUAUGUAAAGACGGGACCUGGACGACGGUGCUGGUGGACGACAUGUUGCCCUGCGACGACUACGGCUACCUUCUGUUUUCCCAGGCUCAGAGGAAGCAGUUAUGGGUGGCGCUGAUUGAGAAAGCCCUGGCCAAACUCCACGGUUCCUACUUUGCCCUGCAGGCAGGGCGUGCUAUUGAGGGUCUGGCCACGCUGACAGGGGCUCCGUGUGAUUCCCUCAUGCUCCAGGUCAGCUCCACAAACCCGCGAGAGGAACCCAUCGAUACAGACCUCAUCUGGGCCAAGAUGCUUAGCUCCAAAGAGGCCGGUUUUCUUAUGGGAGCGUCUUGCGGAGGAGGCAACAUGAAGGUGGACGAUGCUGUUUACGAGUCGUUGGGUCUGAGACCUCGACAUGCAUAUUCCAUUUUGGACGUACGAGAUGUCCAGGGUUACAGGUUGCUGCGGCUGCGUAACCCUUGGGGUCGCUUCUCGUGGAACGGCAGCUGGUCAGACGAGUGGGCAGACUGGCCUCAGCACCUCCGCCAUGAGCUGAUGGCGCACGGCAGUAGUGAGGGGGUCUUCUGGAUGGAGUACACUGACUUUAUAAAGUACUUUGACUCAGUGGACAUUUGUAAGAUCCACUCUGACUGGCAGGAGGUGAGACUACAAGGCUGCUUCCCCAGCAAAGCCAAUGGGCCAGUCACGGUCACAGCUCUCACUGUGCUGGAGAGGACGGCACUGGAGUUUGCUCUUUUCCAGGAGGGAAGCAGGCGCUCCGACACAGCUGACAGCCACCUGCUGGACCUGUGCAUCAUGGUCUUCCGUGCCUCCUUUGGUAGCGGCAACAAGCUGACUCUGGGCCGCCUAAUGGCCCACAGCAAGCGAGCGGUGAAGAAAUUUGUUGGCUGUGAUGUUAUGCUGGAGCCAGGGGAGUAUGCUGUUGUCUGCUGCGCCUUCAAUCACUGGCAGAUGAAUGUCAGCAGCACAGGGGGUCCACCCACACCCGUCUCUAGCCCUACCAGUGGAGCAGUACGGCGGUCCAGCCAGGACUUCCCCGGCUACAUCCUGGCCAUUUACAGCUCUCGUCAGGUGAUGGUGGAGCAGGUGGAAGCGACCGCGACCACAUUGGCCGACGCGAUUAUUCUACUCACAGAAAACAAAGGCGAAAGACACGAGGGCCGUGAGGGCAUGACAUGCUACUACCUGACCCACGGCUGGGCAGGUCUCAUCGUGGUGGUGGAAAACCGCCACCCCAAGUACUACCUCCACGUCUCCUGUGACUGCACUGACAGCUUCAAUGUGGUGUCCACACGCGGCAGCCUCAAGACCAUCGACAGCGUCCCGCCUUUACACAGGCAGGUGCUGGUGGUGCUUUCUCAGCUGGAGGGAAAUGCCGGCUUCUCCAUCACCCACCGCCUGGCUCACCGCAAGGCAGCCCAGGCCUCCCUGGGAGACUGGACCCCCACCAAGGCCACACACAGCCCCCAGCUCACCCCGGACAUUGACGGCCUGCACCGGCCCCGGCCUCUAUGACCACCGCCCACUUUAUCCCAGACUCACUUGCUCUAGUCCAAUAAACUGUCAGACCACUGGAAAACAAGGUUGGGCACAGUGUGUGGAUCCCUAAAAUGCAGAGAAAGAUGCGUUUUUUUACGUCUCUUUAGUGGUGCAUCUGAAUGUGAAGCAUGACGGGAGAGGGAAAUAUUUAGUUGCUCUCUUCCUAACGCUCCAUGGAUGCUCGAGAUUUUGUCCGGACCGCACAUGCUCUAUCUGUCCCUUGCCAACUGGAUGUGCCAUUUGAGGAUAAAAUGAGCGACAGGGGAGUACUAAAAAAACCAAACAAACAAAAAACCCACAAUAUUUCACCCCAGCACCUGAGAGGAUCCAGUUCUGACUACUUAACAUUCUAGACAUUUUGUAUAGCUGGCAGCACCUGCUGUAUGUGAAACAGAUGUCAGGCCUCAGUUUGGUAUGCUUGGAGAUGACCCUGCUUUCAAUGAGCUUCAAAAAAAAAAAAAAAAAAAACCAGGGUGAGGUGAAACUUCCUGAGCCAUUGACCGGCCCACGGACCAUGAGCCAACCACCAGAUCAGACACUUCCCCCUCCCUCCGUGUCGUCCACCAAGACUGCUAACAAAGUGGGCAGACUUCUUGGGGGGGUUAUCGCCCUCAUCCUCAGUGCGGUACUUUAUGAGCCAAACCCCAGUGAUUUUACCCAUGAAACAUACAUGUCCUGUAUUUUUUACAUUUUUGGAAAACAUCUCAGUGUGAGUUUAACUUGUUUUAUACACAACCCUCAUUGCCUCUUGUCCAUAUUUGUGUUAGGGUUUUUUUGAGGUUGUAGACAAAGCCAUCAUUCAUACGGUACUGUUCCCUCUCCGUGGCACAAUCUCUAGCUCAGGACCAAACCUGUGAUUUGUACAGUAAGCUGGAUUGGCAGGUGGAUGGUGCCCAAGAAGCUGCAAUAGCAUCUUUUCACUGUUGCCUCCACUGUUUGUGAUGUUAGUGGGGCCAUGUUUGUAGAGACUGUAAGGUUUUUAUCUUGUGAAAUACUGAGCCGUAAUGGAAUCACCUGGCCUCAGUUUAGGGUCUCAUCGCUGGAGGGCUUCUCGUCCACUUCAGAAGACAGUUUAUAUCUUUCCCCAUGAAUUAAAAUUUAUGUGUACGGCACCUCCUCCCAGUCAUCGCCCUUCUGCAUAUUACAUGAGUCUUACACUUGAGGUUUGUAACACCCAGCAAAUUGCAUCUGAUCUUGUUUGGUACAGAAGGUGAGAUUAGUGUCUGUUUCCCACGCUUGCACAGUUUGCCAGCAUGUCAGUUUAUACUAUAACGUGCUUAGGGAGUACUAGAGUUGCUAUUGGCUAUUUGAACAACCAGUUUGCCAUGGGGGAGCUCUUAAGAGGAGCUGCCGAGUUUACUUUGGGAGGGCAGGGACCACUUUUGUUUGCUUGGGUGCAGCGUGAGCGUCUGGGCAAUCCUCCCACAAGGAUACACUGACAGCUUGUUAGCAACAACACAGUCCUCGUGAAAUAACAAAUGAUCAUUUUGUCAGACUCGGUGCACACACAGCGAGACAGGAAAGAGACCCCCGAGAUGGGUUGUGACACAGAAAAUAGUUCUCUCUGAGUGUGCUCGUUCAAGGGAAAGCUGUUUUACGUAGGUCCUUAUAUAUAGGGUCACGUUUUUUGGGGGGUUUUUUUUCCAAGUGUCAAAGCCAUUACUCCUCAUUCAUCAUGCCCUCACCAUGGCAACAUAGAUGUCUCAUCAGACAGAGAGGGGAACAAUUAACAUGGUACUAUAGAGACAGGAUUGAGUGGGAGACUUUUUAUUUUAAAAACGAUGUCUUACUGUUAAUUUUGUGGUGAAAUGGAGAAAAACUUGAAACCUAAUAAGCAAAAAUCCAGCAGCAUUCAUACAGUUAAUGAUUAAGUGGGGGAAAAUUUGAUUUAUUUAUUUUUUUUGUUGUUGUUUUUUGUAUCUAAAUCAUUUUAAAUGUAAAAAAAACUAAAAUUUUAUCAUGGGUAAUUUUCACUUCAUAUCAUCUCAGUUUUUCUCCUUUUAGUUUUAAAAUCAUUGAUGCUAAAUGGCUGCGCUGUGUCCCGAUGUUUGCAGUGCAACGUUUGUUUUUAACGAAACCCAGAGCUCAAGUAACUGUAAAUAUGCUUUCCAAAGAAACAUCAAUGUGUAAUGACCACUUUCAGAUGUGCGUCCCCGUCUGGCCCUGUGUGCAUGUGUGAGAAUGUGCGGUCGCAGCCACGUAGCUGCUUCAGUCCCUGUGUCUUAAUUUAUUCAUACAAGUGAUUUGCAGCCCUGUUUUUCUGAAGCUGAUGAAUGACAGAUAAAGGAAUGUAAUGAGGCUUUUACAGCUUCACUCUGAGCCCAGAUGGAUUGACGUGAACCUGCACUGAAACGACUGCGAAGGCACCUCAAAAUCAAGCGUCACUGCUGGAUCACUUUUACGUUUUACAGGAGUUUUAAGUUUUGUUUGCUGGUCUUCUGUUAGGUCGUGUCCGUAGCUCUUCUGUGCUUUAGGAGCGCCCCCUGCUGCUGAAUAGAAAACAACCAGAGAAGAGGUGGUCACUGACCGACCCAUCCAACCCACCCACCCCCCUUUUUUUUUUUUCCUCCUUUUUCUUUUUUUUUGACCCUCAUUGUAAAUUGUACAAUUUAGACAGAAAACUGAAAACUUAAGUCAGACUAAAGAUUUAAAAGCAAAAAAAUGACCGUUUGAAAAAAGAAAUUAAAAUAUGAUAGUAGAUAAUAAAAAGUAACCUAAUGCUGAAAAUAAUGAACUCUGAAGAAUGUGAUAUAUCUAUAUAUAAAUAUAUAUAUAUAUAUAUAGACAUAUAAAUAUAUUUUAUUGAUCCUCUUUUUUUGGGAGCGGGGACGUGGUAUAUGUGUACAAAAAUAUGUAUGUUUAAUUUUCAAUCUCAGGUUCCAAUGGACCAAAUAAAUUUUUUUUAAAAAUGAAAA